AUGCAAGACCAUCCUCUUCAACAAGCUAGAAAGACUAACGUGUGGUAUCCAUUUGAUGGGCCGGGUGAAUGGUCACUCGUGAAAUUUCUUGUCGAGAACCUUUCCCAGACGCAGAUUGACAAAUUUCUCAAGUUAGAUUGGUUCCAGACCAGAGAGCGGCCGCAAUUCAAGUUGAAGGACGAGUUGUUCUUUUAUAUGCAGCAGCUUCCUGGUCGCAGGCCAAAAUGGCAGUGUAUGAAACUUAAGCUCAAGGGCUACGAAAGCGAACAACCAAUCCAUCUUAUUUGGAGGGACGGGCUGGAGGUUACAAAGCAACUUUUCGCAAACCCCAUUUAUGUGAGACAUAUGUGCUACGACCCUCACCAUAUCUAUCAAGGACAAGAGCGCCAGAUAGGAGAAUUCUGGACAUCAGAUGAUGCAUGGAAGAUUCAGGAUCAACUGUCCGAAGGGGCGACUAUCGUUCCAAUCAUUGCUGCCUCUGACAAAACCCCAGUUACAAGACACACGGGUGGCUUCGAGAUGCACCCUGCUGAUGUCCGCAUGAAGGCUAUGUCACAUGCGUGGCAAUGUACUGCAUUCAUGCCAAUACCGACUUUCAUUGUCAACUCUGAUUUCCAAUCCUUACUCCAGGCGCGUCUGUGGCACAAGUGCAUGGAUCUCGUAUGUUCUAAUUUGAAGGUCGCAGCUCGUGUUGGCAAAUAUAUGGUUGAUCCCUCAGCCAGACUUUGCCACCACGUUGACCCAUGGGAUCUCAUUGUAUUCCUUAGAGAGGCCAAAAAGCUUCAUCUCAGCGGGGUACACUUGCCGUUCUGGAGAAACUGGAGGCACUCUAAUCCUGCUAGCUUCCUGACACCAGAGAUUCUACACGCGCUGCAUAAUCACCACAAGCGCACUGGUGUGCGCCACUUCUCUGGGGGUGUCUCUCACCGCACGAUUGUGCCGACGCUGUGGGGUAUGGCAAGCCCUGGUUUCAUCUGCGCCAUUCGGGCAAUGAUCGACUUUAUCUACCUCGCUCAGAAUCCCCUUCACACUCAAUCUAGCAUCGGAAAGAGCGGUGCUAAGGACGACUUCUUCAUUCCGAAACUGGAACUCAUGCAAAGCUUCACUCGUGCAAUCUCCCAUGUUGGUUCACUUAUGCAGUGGACGGCAGACGUGUUGGAACGUCUUCUAAUAACACACUGCAAACAUCCGUUUGAGCACACAAGCCGUCAGCGAGAUUUCGUCCUGCAGAUCGCCCACAUCCUCGAUUGGGAGGAGUCCAUCCAGCUCUUCGAUCUUUAUACAUUGUUAUCCUCCUCCUCAUCUACGCCUGGUCAGGACCCUCUCAUCAAUGCCGUCAUCGAGGAAGAUGAAGAGAUCGCCAGUACGGAGACAGAUCCUACUCUUGCUUGGGUCUCCAAUGUGAACCCAGCCACCCAGCUAAGUCUACAAGGCCCGUGCCCUGUUCGUAAUCAUUUCCUGAAGGGUAUCAUAUCGGACAAUGCACGGAUUGCCUUCAACGUGACCAUGAAAGCAGAUCGCAGCCACCUCGAUGCGUCUCAGCUGCAGUCAUUAUAUAACCUCCCUGAUUUCGCGCAUGCUUUACACCUCUACGCAACCUGCAAUGGCUGUACGCUCCCUGAUCACGUAUCAUUCAACACAUGGUUGAAAUUUCGGAUCCAGCUACAUUCCACCUUCCACACUUGUAGAAUCAUGCCGAGCCAACAGAUUCAUGCCGAACCACCUUCCAGUAAUUUCCCUAGAGGGAACUGCGACGCCGUGUUAUUUAGCCAGAGGGUCAAUGGUGAUAAGGAUGCCAUAUUCCAGCCAAUUCUUCCUAGAGGCUCCCAUGCGCAACUCCCUGAACACUUGUCUCAGGUACUGGUAUAUAUACAACAUUUCGACUUCAUCAUACCUGGCCCCGAGUCAUCCACGGGUAUGUGGAUGGUCAGACGAUCAUAUACUGGACACCCUUCACAGUCGGAGACGGUAAUCAGGCGUGGAUCCAUAAUUCCCCUAACAGACAUUACGCAUGCCGUGGAGAUCAUACCUGUCUAUCGAGGACCAUUGGAUAAAGAUGUGAAUUCCAGGAACUCACUGGAGGUAUUCGACGAUCAUUUCUUGAACAAUUUCGCAGAUAAAGAACUGUACCAUUUGCUCUCAGUGAUCUCAGAAAACUAG